UUGUGGACGAAUGACGAGUUUUUAAUUAUAAUUAUAUUUUUUUAAGUGAUUUUUGUGAAGUGUUUUACACAAAAUUUGGAACAGUAGCAACAGAGUACAAUUGAACAUGAACAAUGAUACCACACAUCAACGAAUCCAAAGAUGAUUUUGAAGAGGAUCUGACUUUCGCUCAAGACAAAUACAGAAAUGUAAAAUGGUACGACCGAAUAUUGUUGAAUAAAACAUUUAGGGUUACUCUAUCAUUAUUAUUGAUAGCAGUCGCGUGUCCACUUUUAAUAUACCACUUCAUUUUCUUCCCGAGUUUCAACCACCCACCCUCAGAUGGAUACUCAACCGGGUCUUGCUUGGCACCAAGACAAAGCAGGCUACCUUGCGGUGUGGAAGCUGUUCCACCAGAGCUUUGCCAUCCACAAUGCUGUUACGACCACCAAAGCCACAUGUGCUUCCAUAGAUUCCCUUCCCGGUUCUCCUACUUAGUCCCUACAGAAUGGUCAGAAGGAAUGUUGUUACAGCCCAGAGUACCAACUGUUCCUUACAGAUUACAGAGAAGUCUAACAAAUCUCAAGUUAUCAAUCGACGAAGUUUCAUCCUCGCAUCUUUCUUUGACAUUCCACCAUUCAGACGACGAUAUCAGCGGCCGAAGAAUUACAGAAAAGAAAUAUGAUUACACUGUCUUAAAACACGAGCUGAGCAUCGUGGUUAAUGGCCCUAAUGGAAUUAUAUUCAAUACGGCCCGAGGCCCCUUGAUAGCGUCUAAUAAUAUAUGGGAGAUCUCAUUCAGACUCACGAAUUCAUCAAAUUAUAUGUACGGAUUAGGAGAGAUACCAUUAAAAGGUGGAACAACAAAAAUGAUAUACAGUCACCGUGGUGGACUCAGUUCGAUCCCGCUUAUAUUUGCGCAAUCAAAUAACUCGUAUCAUGGAUUUUUGAUUGAAGCGAUGGCCCCUACGGAAAUAUUGAUCAGACCCGAUAAUCAAAUGGUCAUACGCAGUAUAACAAAUUGGGGAUUAAAAUUCCAUUUGUUUGUUGGACCAACGCCGGCCGAUAUAAUGAGGGAUGUGAAGGGAAUGCUCGGUUUCAAAAAUAAUCUUGAAUAUUGGAUGCUUGGAGCUCAUGUUUGCAGUGAAGGCACAUCAGAAAAUCCAUUAACAGAACUUCAAACAUUUAUAACCACGUCAAACACCCAGAGGCUCCCAUUCGACAGCCACUGUGGCGCCGCCCCUGUGGUAUUCAAAACGGAUUGUGAUCCUGACCUUGUAACUCUUAUUAACCAGGGUGCCACGCAGUUAAAGAAUUCUAACAAAAAGUAUAUUCCUCACGUGUCUCCAUAUAUAAAGUAUACAGAACGUAUAACCGAAGAGCCAGAAGAAGUUACAAAUGAACCAGAAACGAGAGCGAGUGAACGAUGCUUUGAUGAUGAUCUUUAUGAAAAGUACAUCAUAAGAAGUUCAAACUCAUCACACAUAUAUCAAGGGGAAGUAGGUGGUAACAAAGUCAUUUAUCCUAACUAUGAGAAUGUAAGCGAAGAAUUCAUGAAGAGUCUGUGGAUCUACAACACCAACUUCGAUGGCGUUAUCUUAGAAAAUAAUUGGCCAUUAGAUGAAUCGAAAAAGGAUUUUGUAGACAUACAUGAUCAUUUACCAUACUUCAAUGAGGAUUUUGAAGCAGCUUUCAAAUUCACACCAAAAUGGAAUGCCACAAGACAUAUCGUGAUUGACGAUGACCAGACACUCUCAUUUAACGCCGAAGAGCUUCCUGAGAAAUAUUUAUACACCCACAACGAAUUCGGAAACCAAUUCGCUAGUGCAUUCGAAAAAAUCAAAGGACCAACAGAAACAUUUUCCACCAGCCAAUGGAUGAACGUGAAUGUGGUUGUAAACCGACAGAAUAUAAGAACUUCUUGGACUAAUCUGAAUAGAGAACUUAUUGAAGCAAGUUUGGGAGGAAUAUCUGGACAUUGGUACUGGUCGACACCCGUUUGUGGUGAUACGGACAACUUUGAUAGUGAAUCGCAAAUCAGACUGUGCGCUAAAUGGUACAUGGCAGCAACGUAUAUGCCGAUGAUCAAGAUACAUUCAAAAGAUGUUGCAAGAGAUCCACUAGCAUUCACUGGGACUGAUAGAGCUCAAAUGAUAUCAGCAUUGACUAAACGUAUGAGUCUGUUGCCUUACUUUUACACAGUACUUCAAGAAGGACCUCUUAUUAGGCCUAUGUUUUAUCAAUUUCCGAAUGCCGAGCCUCUAAGACAUUUGUCAACACAGUUUGCUGUAGGAGAUGAUUUGGUAAUUGUCCCUAACUUGCAACCGAGUCAAAGCCAUGUUCAUCUAUGGAUGCCACCAGGAACCUGGUUUGACUUUUGGGGUGGUUUGAAAAUUGAUGGUAUAGAAGGACAAGCUGUUACCAUGACAACGACGGAAGCGGACUUUUUGACUUUCAUGCGUGCUGGUUCUAUUAUCAUUAUGCAGAAGAACACUCAAUUGACGGCUGAACUAACUCGUCUCCAAUCAGAAUACACUGUAAUAAUUGCACUCGACUGUGAAAACUCAACCGUUGCAGAAGUAUUUGAAGAAACGACUACCACUGAAGAUCCGACAACUUCUGACCCUGAUUUGGGUGAUGAAGUAAAUAAGAAAAGAACAAUAUUCCUAUCUAAUACCAACACAGCGGAUGAAAGAGACAAAAGUAAAAAGGUAGCAGAAGAAUCUGAUGGUGCAACACCUAAGUGUUACGCACGUGGAAAACUUUAUAUGUCCGAAAACAUGACUAUCCAAUUUAAAUCAACUGAAACUGAAUUAACUAUUUCCGCUCUAGGCGAUGAUUUUGGAGUGAUCUGUGAUCCACAUGGACAAAUCUGGUCAAGUACUCUAAGACACGUAUCAAUUUAUGGUUUAAGUGAUGACCAAAAUAAUUACGAUGAUGACAGAAAAGUAGAUACACUAAUCAAUCUAUGCAGUUUGAUGAAUGCUAAAGAAAUAGUAUUUAAGUUUGUAAAUUGAUUUUGGAGAAAUAUUAUUUUGAAUCAUCAUUAAUUAGAUUUUUUAGAAGAUUUUUGUACAAAAUGACGUUUGUCAGAUGCAAACACAAUAUAAAGAUAUUUCAGAACA